ACGGAGUAUAGCAGUGUAAUUGAUCAAUUGUGGUUUGCAUAAGGAAAACGGUCAAUAAUGACGUGGUACCUGUGCCUCAUUUUAACAUCUCUAGUGAACCUUAGUUUCUGCAUUAAUCGGCCGGUUUUUAAAAUCGUUCUGACACAAAAGGGAUUUGCACAGUUUCUUCAAUAUGAUGUAGAAACGCCACCUGUCAGAGAAUUCACUUUCUGCACUUGGCUUCGUGUUUUUGACUUGUCGCAUGAUCAAAGUGUUUUCACAUAUGUCACAAACGGCAAUAAUCGGGUAAUACAGCUUUGGCUUGAUUCCGGUGGUAAAUUUAUGAAAAUAUCCUUGAAUGGAAAAACAUCUUCAAGUACUUUAGUGGAAAUUACUAAAAAUACGUGGCGCCACGUUUGUGUGUCUUAUCAGUCAGACUUUGGAGCAUGGGCAAUCUACAUAGAUGGUCGCCUGGCAUCCUGUGAAGCAGCCCAAAGUCUUUACGGUUUCGUUUUACCCGGUGGUGGCAGCGUUAUAAUUGGCUACGGUACAACGGACAGUGGAACUCCAAAUGGGUUGGAAGGAGAAAUUUUUGGGUCAAAUAUGAUACUAAAGUCAACGAUAGAACGAAAUUAUACAAUAAAAAUUGAUCCGCGAUAUCAACAGAAACUUUUUCAAAAGAACAAACUUCUCGGAAAUAACAAUAUCAAAUAUAUUGUUUUAAAUGAUAUGAAUUUCGAUACAGUAUUAGAUAACUCCGAAACAACAAAUUUGCCUAUUUUUAAUACGACUCGAAGUUUCAUAAAAUUUAAAUUUACACACGGAUUAAUUGAACAUGACGUUGGAUUAGAUUUAACUCCAAAAAAAACUAAAUUUACGGACUCAUCCAAUGAAAAGGAAAUUUUAGAUUUUACAAUGAUACCCACAAAUCCUAGCAUAACUAAUGAUAAAAAAAUAAAUUUUUUGAAAUUCCUGAAUGAGGCUGGUAAUAUAGGCAAAUUUAAAGGAAAGAGUAAUAAAGAAAGGGAGCUAUCUGGUUCAGGAACUCAAGAACUUCCGACUAUAUCAGAAUUUGAAACACCCCCACCACCGAGACCACAAUCAUUUCAAGACUACACACACACAAGUGUUAAACAAAAAAAACCACUAUUAAAGACAUAUUUUGAAAUAAAAGAGAAUGGAAAAUUAUUGAAUCCUUCGAAUAUCAAUAAUAAAUAUGAAUAUGAAGUGUCUGAAGUAGUAAAACCUCCCCCAUUUAAUCAAAAUACCAAAGUCUAUGGUCAAUGGACCAGUUCACAGUUCGCUAAUAGCGUUUUAAACUAUUUAAAAAACGUCAACCUUGAAAAUAAAAAACUAAAAAAGGUUCCUUCAACAAUACCUCUUUUUAAAUUAUCGGAUAGCUUACCGUAUUAUUCAGAUUAUAAAGUAACUAGAGUAAAUCCGCCAUUAAGAUUUGAAAGGCGCAACAUUAUUAAUAGCGUCAUUCAUAAACGUGAUAUUGAAAAUCCACAAAUAAAUAUACAAAUUUUAAAUGAUGAUCUAAGAUCUCGAAUUUUAGACAUUCAUUCUAAAACGAUACCUAAAAAUGUGGAAAUAAUAAAUCGAGGUCAAAAUAUAAAAAACAAUAAAUAUCACAGAUUUUAUAGAAAUAUAGAUAGCCAGAUAUCAAGAGAAAUAAUGUUUGGUUCUAAAUUUUCCAUGCCAAUGCCUUUUACUAUGGAUUCUAAAUUAAAUUCCAAGAAAAUUAAUAGUAACUUGGAUAAAAAUAACAACCUUAUAUCAAUACUCCCCUUUCUCAAGUCAGGAGAAUAUUUUAUUGAUAAAUAUGUUGAUAAAAAAUCUAUUGAUAAUAAUGAAAUGUACACUAAAAGUUUAUCAAAUGCAAAUAAAUGGCAUAAUGUUAAAUCUUACAAUAAUGACUAUACACCUCGACGCAUUCAUAUGGAAUCAGGUGAAAACCAGUCAACUAUUGAAAAAAAUGUAGAUACAUCCAAGAUAAAAUACCCAUCAUUACGAUUAAAAUACAAACCAGAUAACCACAAAGUCGUUAAAAAUGUUGAUGAAGCAGAAAUAAUCAAUGGACGGGAUCUUGCAUUGGAAAUAUCAAAUUUUUCUAAUGCAAAUUCAGUUUCGAUUUUAAAACACAAUCAUGGUUUUCUUCCAGGAAAUAAGAAUUCCAAAAGUACCAAAAAAACUAGUCCUAAUUUCAUAACUAAUAACAAAAAUAAAAAAGGUCCCAGCAAAAAUAGUUUUGACCAGCAUAUAAAAAUUGGCAACGCUCUUAAUGAACGCUAUAUUAUUGGUGGUGAUAAAGAAAAUAGCAAAAUUAGUUUUAUUGGUGGUUCAGAAAAAAUCCCGGAUAUAAAUAGAUAUAGAUCAGAAAUAGAUCAUGAAAGUGAACAAGUACCGCCAUCGCUAGGGCCUAGAGUUUGCAAAAACGUCGAACUAUACGAUCAGCUUUUAUUUGUUCAACCUGAUGGUAGCGUUGACGUAACUGACAUAUUAUCACCAGUGAAAGAGAAAAAUUUAGGCAUCGAGUUUAUUGUACAAAAUUAUAAAAAGUGCUCUUUGGAAAAAACUUUAUUUGAGAAAAAUUCCUUAUUAUAUAUUGAUUGGAUUAAAACUCCGGUACGCCUAUUUGGUGGCUCUUAUCCAAAGAAAACUACUGAUCUUUGUGGUUUCUUUUAG